AUGGCGGCCGGUAGUGAAGCUCUUCGCAUGGAUCGCGACGACUUGACCCCGACUAGACUCCCCAUGAGCGCGAGCGCACCUUCUGUGAACUACAGCGCCGCCGCCUCCCACGACCCUUCUCUGGACCCGACCAUCAAAGCUUUGCUUGACCAGCAGGCUGAGAUCCAGGCUCGGCUCGCCCAGCUGCUCCCGGAGAAGUAUGGGCCAAACACGAAGGUUGAGCUCGAUAAUUUGCGCCACAAGCUCCGGGUCUUACGCACUUAUGCGGCCGAUAACCAUCUUUUCGACAGAACUCCAGUGCUUUCCGAGAUCGAGGAAGCUAGAUACCUCCAGUAUCAAUGCGAAUGCAUCGAGGCAGCUUGCCUGGAGCACGGCCUAGACUUGAACGAUCCGAGAGCUCUUGACGGCUUGAAGCGGCUGCUGGAGGACGAUGCGCCUGUUGGCUUCGCCGCAUGGUUCGAUAGGAAUCUGUCACAAUUCGAUCCUAUUGUGCGCAGUUGGCGACGGAGAGGGAGUCUGUCGCCUGGUGUCAGGGAUCAGUAUUCUUACAAAUGCUGGGAUGAUCAAUGCGUGCACUACAUCUAUGGUUUCAGCAACAGAGAAGAUCGAGACCGGCACACUCGCGAACAUGCCUUUCUCGCCAAGAGAGACUCGGGUCUCUCCGUUGGAAGCACGCCUCCUUUACACUACUCGGACCAAUCAGCCGCGCGCUCAUUCCAUGACCCGCCGUCCUCGAACUCGCCCGGUGUGCCUCAUCGCUCCGGCAGCACCCUCCAUCUCGCUCCGAUAAAUACUGGGCUCAACCAGUCGAGAGACCACAGAGACUCGCUGAGAUCAUACUCGUUUGUUUCCGACCAAGCAAGUCACCAAGCACGAGGUUCGGUUGAUUCUGAGGUUGACCCUCUCCUGCCGCCUCUCAAGAGGAGUCGUGUUGGCCAGUCGAAGUUGGAAUCUAUCGAGGAGCUGAAGCUUGUGCGCGACAUAGGACAGUGUCUCCGUUGCAGGGUCAUGAACCACGAGUGUGACUCGAACGACCCAUGCUCGGCCUGUCCCGACCAGACCAAUCUAGGCAGCGAGCACGACUUUUGGAGAACGCUAGGAUGUCAUCGAGGACCGCUGGGCAACUUUACGGAGAUUAUGCUUCCAGCUUCCAUAUCGCCGCGACAGAGCCAAACACCUAUGGCGUCACCUUUGGCGCAGCGUCGCAAUAUGAACGACUUCCUGGAGCGAACAUACCCGCUGAUACCAGACGUCGCUCUUAUGGUCAGAUCGAAACUUGAUUUUGAUGAUGGGUUCUGGUGGACAGAGGACCUGGCUGGCUUGCCAAUGUCGAACCCAACUCUCGCUGCCUACCCGAGAGAACCCUUUGAACGACCGCCGCCUGUGUUGAGAGUUCUGGCAUCGAGCUGGAAUACCGAAGGCACAGCAUACAACUUUUGGCAGCUCCUGAAGCUCACCGGUCUGAUAUCCGACUCGAGGGAAGCAGAGGCCGCAGCAUUCCCAACUCUGUAUCGUGCAAAGUUGCUGUUGAGAGAGGUCCUCUUUUACGACCUACAACAGCCUGAACCCACAAUACGUGCAGAGACGAGCGCAUCCGCUCCGCAGACGUUAUUCGAUGAGGUCGAUCACUACGGCAGAUUCCGCCUAGUGUACAACUGCAUGACCCAGUUCUUGCAAUCCUUUGAGAAUUCGACGGUCCGUCGAGGCGUCAUGGACCCCCGAGCCUGGCUUGCCAUGUUCUUCUCGAUGUGUAUUUUCAGUAUUGUCAAGACCAUUCUCGUCGACAUCGUGUCAUACUGUCCCAGGUCGGGUUCCCUGUCGCACUCUGGCUUCGGCCUGAGCUCUACUACAGCUGCGAUGCACAGCGUCUACAAAGCUCUUGCAACGGUAUUUGCGACUUGCUCACCUCUCCUAAUGGACGAGCCCAAUCUGCCCAUGGGGGAGGACGACCGAGAUAUCCUGAACACCGCUUCCAUGAUCAUUCGGCGCGACACAUGGCCAGAGCGAGGCUUGCAAUCAACCGGGGAUUUCUUGUUGCUCCUGGGUAACGACGAGAUUAGCGGGCUCCCAUACCAUGGUUUUAUCAGGCAAAGAAGUUCUGGGAGACUGGGCUCAUUCUCUCUGCCGUCCUUUGCGGGCCACCAACGGGACGACACUCGGAAACCACUGCCCGAGAUGCGACCCAUGACGGACCCUUGGACGCUCGCUUCGCAAACCUCCUUCUCGGACCGCGAUUCCUACGGCAUCAAGACGAGCCCAACAAGCAUGCUGACGUCUCCUCACAGCAUCGACCAUAAUGUGCACCGACGACAUACUGUUGGAGAGAGUCCGACUUUCGGCCACACUAGUGGGCGAGGUAUGACGUCUCCAAUCCCGGCCACGAGGCUGAGGCCUUCUUACCAGCGGCCACCACUUCGCCGGGUCUACUGCUCCAAGUGUAACGAGUAUCCCGAGGGAUUCCGUGGAGAGCACGAACUGCGGCGCCACACCGAUGCCAAGCACGCGGCCAUGGUCAAGAGAUGGGUGUGCACAGAGCCGCAAGAUCACCCUCCCGGUUCCCCCCUGCCUGUCAUCCCUCUUGGCAAAUGCAAGGCUUGUGUGACCAAGAAGCGAUACGGCGCUUACUACAAUGCUGCGGCACAUCUGCGCCGCGCUCACUUCAACCCGCACCGUGGGGGGAAAGCCAGUGGUGAUUGGCCGCCAAUGACCAUCCUGAAGGACUGGAUGCAGGAGGUCCGUCAGCCAGUGGAUGUCCAAGACCCCGACUCUUCAGAUGCAGAGGACGAGUCCGACUACAAACCAAUCAUGGAUCUUGUGGCCCUCCCGGACCGGCGUUCGCCCUUGUUGUCAGACGUGCCGAGGCUCGCACCAGCUCCACCACCGCAGCUGGCGUCACACUCGCUAUCUCAUCCGCCUCCUCCGCCGCCUCCUCCGCCACAAAUGCCACAGCAGGUGCACGCCCCUCCUCCAUUGAUGGCAGCACCCAUGGUCGACAUGCCCGUGCAGCAACCGCCAAUGAGCAUCCAGACACAUUCAAUGUCCCAGCCUAGUGUUACACCCUUCAGCACUGGUAACAUGAAGUCUGAAGAGAAUCAGUACUUUGACCGGAACAAGUGCCCGCACCCGGAAUGUGGCCGCUUCUUCAAAGAUCUGGCGGCACACAUGCUCACGCACAUGGAGGAGAGACCCGAGAAGUGCCCCAUCACGACCUGCGAGUAUCACACCAAAGGCUUUGCGCGCAAGUACGACAAGAACAGGCAUGCGCUCACACACUACAAGGGCACUAUGGUGUGCCCGUUCUGCCCGGGCGCUGGCUCUGCUUUUGAGAAGGCGUUCAACCGUGCGGACGUCUUCAAGAGGCACCUGACUGCGGUACACAAUGUUGAGCAGACCCCGCCCAACAGCAAGAAGAUCCUGCUCAGCCAUGCUGCACGCACCGGGGCGGCCGAUGCGCCUCAGAGCAGGAGCACGGCCAAAUGUUCCAUCUGCCACAGCCACUUCCUCACCGCGCAGGAAUUCUAUGAGCAUCUGGACGACUGCGUCCUCAAUGUUAUUGUGCCAUCGACUCCCAAGAGUGCAGGGACCAGUGGCAGCGGAGGUGGAGCGCCGAGCAUCAGGAAAGAUUCUACGUCGACUACGGCCGCCAGGACGCCGACGACGGCGGGCCUUGAGAAGGAUGAUAGACCGGCGGAGUUGCGUGAACCAUCCCAGGAAUGCAGGCCUCCAGCUACCAUCACUGUGGAAGACGCCUCUACACCGCACCUUCCACCGCCCCCUGCAAUACCAACGACGGGGGACCAAAUGGACAUGGACCCCUGA